CCUUUCUAUCCGAUCGUUCGGUGGAGGAUGGAAUGAUAGUUCGCGCGAUCUCUCUUCUCGCAGAGGUAGCCAUCGGAGGAUGGAGAGGUUCAAAUGGCUCCCACAAUCCCUUCUCGGUGGCGGUCAAGACCAGGAAGAGGACCCGUUGGGCGAAUUUGAUGAUGGCUCCUGCUCGCUCUCUCCUCUGCAGAGGUUGUAUGGGUUCGCGGCGUCUCUGGUCGUCGGCCUCGCUUUUAUGCUCCUGUCACUUAUUGUUUUCUACAAGCCCAUCAAAUUUGCCAUAAUGUUCACUUUUGGAAAUUUACUGGCAGUAGGGAGCACAGCCUUCCUAAUUGGGCCAGUACAACAAGCAAGAAUGAUGCUUGAUCCAGUACGCAUUUACGCAACGGCUGUAUAUGUUGGCAGCGUCAUUCUUGCUCUCAUUUGUGCACUCUGGAUACAUAGCAAGGUGCUGACAUUAAUCGCGAUUAUAAGUGAGAUCUGUGCUCUUGUUUGGUACAGCUUGAGUUAUGUUCCUUUUGCUCGGCGAAUGGUUUCUGAACUACUUAUAAGUUGCUGCGACACGGAGAUUUGAAGGUGCUGGCCAAGUGAUUAUUGCUAAAUCCUGUCCUCUGGAGAUGAUGGUAUUUAAUUUUCUGAUGAUUUAAUGCAAUCUCAAAAACUUCAAUGCACCGGUUCAUCAUACUUUUUCAUCGAGUUGCUGAUCUUUCAGCUUCUUGUUGAACCAAUGCCAUAUGUUUCUUUUUUUGUGGGUAUCCCUUGGAAUUCAAGUGAUGUUUUAAAGCAAGUUUCUCUUUUGUGUGUAUCCCAUGACAUUUAAGUGAUGUUUUGUAAGUUUCAGGAGGGGUCGGAUGGGUGUUUACAACAUUGUGUUGUGAUGGUCAUGAAUUCAAAUCAUUUAUAGUUGA